CCUAGACCGCUAAUAAGGAGGCAGUAAGAUCAACCGCACCCCUUCAGGCCAAUAACGUUGGUCAUUGGGUGCGACAAGCCUUGUCCCACAUGGUGUUUUCUACAAGACGAUGUACACGACGCUUCUUUCGAGCACCGUUGAACUGCAUUGGCAAAUGACAUGCACUCGGUAUUUCUGGUCACCUCGUUAUUCUUCAUGUCCUUCGGGCCUAUCUAUACAUCCAUGUUGACGAGGCUUACGUCUCGCUUCGACAAGACAAAUGGCAACGUGCGGUUUCCGCAUGAAAAGUUCCGUUCAAGCUCGGUUAGAAGACAUUUGAGCGGGUUCCUUUUCGGGUGCCCGCUGAACGCAAAGUCGUGCGGUCCCUGCUCCACUCAGCUGUGUCUUCGAACAAGUUUUCUCGCGCAGUUUCACUUCGUUGACAUUGGGACAUGAUCGGUUACAAAGGAAAUGAAUAUAGUUCUUAGUCCAGGGCCAUUGUACCUCGGGUAGACUAGUAAUGUGGAGCACACAAUUUCAUACUUGUCCGGCACUGU